UAAAAGAAAUUAGAAAGUUUCUUCUUAUUAACUACACUUGCAAUUCCAUUAGAUGACGUAAAGAAAAUCUUUCACACAAAAGUAACACUUAAUGAAACGCCCCUUCUUUUCUAUCUAAUAAUUAAUACAAUGAGUACGCUGGAUGAAAUUGAAGAGGAAGCAAAAGCAGCUGCAGAGAAAAUGGUUAUGAAUAUGAUGCAAAGACCUGGCCAACUAGAAAAAGUAGAGCAAUACAAAAAAAGAAUAACACAUAAGAAAGCAUCAAUAGAAGCUCAACUCAAAUCAGCAGUUCAAGGCAAACUGGAUGGCGUGAGUGUAGGCCUUAAGCAGCUACAGGAAUGUCUUGAUGAUGUACAACAGAUCAGUUUAAAAAUGGAUGAACUUGAGGAGCUUUUUAAAAGUGUUCCACCGCUAGUAGCAUCAUUGCAAGCAGUUAGAGAAGAGGAUUCUCGCCAUUCUCAAUAUGUGACUGCUAUGGACAGUCUGAAGCAUAUAUUCACUGUCCCCGAAAGUGUAGCAAAGACAAAACAGUGGAUUGGUGAAGGGAAGUUACUACAUGCUCAUCAGUGCCUUACAGACUUAGAAAACUCAAGAGAUGAUUUAUUAUAUGAAUUACAUAGACUACCAAAUCAAUCUUCACAUGACAAGAUAAUGUUAAAGGCAUAUUUUGAAGAUGUUGAAAUGGUAUCUAAUCUACUAGAGAAACAAAUCAAGUUGAUUUUAGCUAGAACUUUGAAUACAGUGCGUAAAGAACCUACAGUUAUUGUAACAGCACUAAGAAUUAUAGAGAGAGAAGAGAAAAAAGACCAAAUGGCUUUACAGCAACAAACACAAUCCGGUUUCAUGCCUCCUGGCAGACCUAAAAACUGGAGAUCGAAAGCUUUCGAAGUUUUAGAAUGCGCAGUUGCUCAACGUAUAGAGGGAACUCGCGUGGAUGAAAGAGAAGACAAUAAAUUGUGGCUGAUAAGAUACUUGGAACUUACUCGUCAGUUAAUUUUAGAGGAUUUAAGGGUUGUCAAAACUCUUUGCGUUCCCUGCUUCCCCCUGCACUAUGAUAUUGUCAAUAAAUAUGUUGAUAUGUACCAUACAUGUUUGUCUUCAAGUCUUCAAGACCUGGUUCAGAAUGGUUUGGAAGGCAAUGAAUAUGUAACAUUAUUGUCGUGGAUUCUGAACACUUAUCCGGGACAUGAGCUUAUGGGCAGUGAGGAAUUGAAUAUUGAUGUGUCCAUAUUGCCACCAUUACUUAGUGAAGAAAGUAUGCAGAAACUGCAAGAGGAAUAUUUACAAAAAAUGGAGUGCAACUACAUGGAGUGGAUGGAGAAGACGCUGGAGUCGGAGCGCGCGGAGUGGGGCGGCGAGCGCGCGCCCGACGCGGAGCCGCACACCGCCGCCUUCCACACGCACGCGCCCGUCAUCAUAUUCCAGAUGAUCGACCAGAACCUGCAGGUUACCGAAACUAUAAGUAAAGAGAUAACGUUCAAAGCGUUAUUGUUGAGCAUUGACCAGGUGACCCGGUACGGCAACAUGUAUCGUGAGGGAGUCAUUCAGUUUAAGAAUAGUCACUUCGCGGACCGGUCGCGCGUGGCGUACUUCACGCACCAUAUGAUCACAAUAGUGAACAACAGCGAGCAGCUGGCGCGGCUCGCGCAGCAGACACAGGCGCGUCACUGGCCGCCCGGGCGACACGACCCGCCCGCAGAGGCCAAGUUCGACGCCUUGCUCGCCACCUUCCAGAAAUUGCGCGACGAAGCGGCUCAAUUCCUUCUGGAGGAAGCGUUCUUAGAUUUGGAAGUGCACUUUGAUGAUCUGUUUACACCGAAAUGGCUGACGUCGAGUAUACCGGUGGACACUAUUUGUGUAACGCUCGAAGACUACUUCCAAGAUUACAAUCAUCUUCGAGAGAAGAACUUCGAAUAUGUUAUUAAUGAGGCUCAGAACUUGGUGUAUAAGAAAUAUAUAACAGCAAUGUUGUCGAAAAAAAUGACGUUUAAGACCAUCGAAGAAGCUCAACAGGGAGCUAUUAAGAUCGUCAAGGAAGCGAAUCAAAUCAGAUCUUUUUUCAAAAGGAUUGCACCCGAGGGAGUCAAUGUUGAUUGGCCUUUCGAAGUUAUUAAAACCCUUGCAGAGGUGCUACGUUGCCAGGACAUUGAGAUGGUGUCGCUGGACCUGCACGGGGUGGCGGACAAGUGCCCCGACGUGACCGCGGAGCAGCUAGCGCGGCUGCUGGCGCUGCGCGGGGACGUGCCCCGAGCACACGUGAGGGACACGGUCACACACGUGCUCGCCACGAGGCAGCCCCCCAGAGCACCCUCGCACCCUUCGCUCUUCAAAGACAUCAAGUUCAAUGAUCGCCUACUCGCGCAGUUUACACUGUAACUACUCUCUGCACACGCUACCCUUCAAUCCAUUAUUAUCCGAUAUUAGUAUCCAUGUUUUUUUUAUUUAAUCAGUAUAAAUUUAUGCAUAUUAUUUUUAAGAAAAGCGAUAUAAACUAUUUAUUUAUUUGUUUUAACCUUGGUCAUAAAUGUUUUUGGUCAUUUAAUGCGAAAUAAAUCAUUAAAUAUGUCUACAAUUUUUUUCAGUGGGUAACCAAAGU